GCUGCUCGCGCUGCUGCGGGGCCUCGCCUCGCGCGUGCCUCCGCGGCUGCGGGAGGCGGCCGCCCGCCGCGGCGGCGCUUGGUUGGCCGACGAGUCGAGCUACCGAGCGGAGCGCGCCUCGCUGUCACCUGCGGAGGUGCGUGCGCUGCUCGGCCAGCCGGAGCCGCCCACUUCCCUCUGCGACUGCUUUGGCGCCGAGCGGGGUGCGUCGGCGAGAGUGGUGGCGUCGUCGCUUUGCGACUGCGCAGAGGCGCGCGCCUCCUGCUCCUCCUUCCUCAGCGGCCCCCCGAUCGAGGUCGUCCUCAAGCUAGCUUGCGUCCCGCUCGCCUUCCCGCUCGCCCUCGCGCUGCUGCUGCUCUGGCGCGUCCUGCCCGCGGCGGCGCGGCUGGCCGGAUCGGUGCUGCUCGCCGCCUGCCGCGCGGUGCACGCCGGCUGGGUCGCCGCCGUCGAGUGGGUCGCCACCCACUGCAAGCGCUGCGUCUACGCGCUGGUCGACCAUUGCUGCUUCCCUCUCUCGCGUGCCGUCCGCGUCGCCACCGCCCCGCUCGUCGCCGCCGCGGCGGCCGCCCUCCGCCUCGCCUCGCCCGCGGCGCGCGCACUCCGCGACGGCACCGCG